AACGUUGACCCAAACGAUGCACCAUGAAUGACUCCCUGUCCACCAUCAACCUGGAACAUCUGGGCAACUCUGCCAGCAGUCAUGUGACCCUUCCCACAAUCCCACAGGCACCAUCUGGCACAGGAAUCCCAGUGUCCAUAGCUAACAUCCCGGUGACGCUGAGUUCCGGACUGACCACCACCAUCCCCAUGCUCUUCCCUCUGGAGAGGCCGAUGGUCAACAACGUUAACCUGACCAGCGUCCAGAACGCGCCGGUCGGACUGGACAAGAGCCUGACUCUGGACAUCACCUCACUACGACAGAUGUCCUCUGGAGCUCUCCAGUUGCCUGUAGUAUCAGAGGUGCCUCCAUCCUCACUGCUGACCUCGGUUAACCCCUCCGACUUACUGACGACAAGUUUCACUCUCAUCGCCGCGACAACCACCCUAACAACCAGCACUGCAGCCCUCCCUCCCAUCAACACUGGGGUCAUCAACCAACAGAACAUGCUACAGGGAGGGAACACGUCUACCGUGAACGUGACGCCAGUCCCCAUGUCGAGUAUCUCCGUGUUCCCAAACUCCUCUAACCUGACGGUGACGUCAUGUAGCGUUCUGGAGUCCCUCCUGCAGCCCCCCAUGCAGAACCCCGUCGGCAGCGGCGAGCGAUCGCUGGAGGCUGUCGCUAGGCAACUGGAGGAAGAACUGAACGAACCAAUCAAGACAGACUUCUGGUGUGUUAGUUGUGAGAAAGCAUUCCCCUCUGUGUGCAGUGUACAUGGAGUACCUACAGUAAUACAGGACACACCGAUAGAGUCCCAUGCCAGGAUGACUCUACCCAGGGACCUGGCUCUCCAGCCUUCUAACAUCACCACUUCUGGAACUGGAGUGUUUGCAAGAACAACCAUCCAAGCCAGAACCCAGUUUGGUCCUCUUCAGGGCAAGAUUGUGAAGAAGUCAGAUGUAGAAUGUGAAUCUGACUGGACCAAUAUGUGGGAAAUUUUCCGUGACGAGCGCUCGAGUCACUUCAUCGACGCUCGAGACGAGAACGAGUCUAACUGGAUGAUGUUCGUGAAGCGAGCGCGGACGUCUCUGGAACAGAACUUGGUGGCGCACCAGUGCGGCGGAGACGUCUUCUUCACUUCCUGUAAGGACAUCGCGGAGGGGGAGGAACUGCUCAUGUGGUUUGCUGGCAACUAUGCAAAACUUACAGUUGACAGGUGUUACGAGCAAGCCUGA